GUCCCUCCUCGGCCCAUCUGCGACCAGAGAGCGUGCGGGCACGCGCGGGGGGCACACCAGAACCUUCUCAUCUAAGCCAUCCCGUGCGCUCUUCUCCUCACAGAUGAACACCAGCCCACUUGCCGAACGAGCGCAGGAAUCCGGUUGACAGUUGAAUAGUGACGACGGAUGACGUUUCCUCCUUCCUUCUGAUCACUUUCUCUUGAUUGUCAUACAGGAGUAUAAUUAUAGUUGGGAAUAUACUUUUCGGACUGUCGGAUUUUCGAGUGGCCUCUCCUGACACGCUCGGCAAUUGCGCGCGAGGAUGGCGCAAAGGGUAAGUAAGGCGACAUGCUCGGGCUUAAUGUGCUUUGACGCAGGGUAAAUGUGUACUCUGAGAAAAGAAUCAUGUUAGUUUCACACAUUUUACGCAUCACGUGCAAGCGACAUGUUCGAAUUCAGGCAAUGAACACGACUUUUUGUGUCUUUUCUCUCCCCCAAUGUAGACGCUUGUUUUAAAUUGUUUGUGUUGAAUCGUCGAACAUCAAUUGAAUCAUGUCGUUUUAUGGUUUUUUUUUUUUGUUCUUCAAUUCAAUUCAUGAAGAAAAUAAGAAUUCCUAUUCCUCUAACCUUCUAUUAUUAUCCAUGCAAGUACGAUGAAUUGGUUCAUUACGGAGGCGGGAUGGACGGAGUUGGAGUCCCGACGUCCCUGUACGGAGACCCUCACGCCCCGCGGCCCCUACCCCAGGUCCACCACCUGAACCACGGGCCGCCCCCGCAUCCCACGCAGCACUACGGGGCCCACGCACCGCAUGGCAUCAUGCCCGCCGGCAUGGGCAGCGCAGUCAACGACGCGCUGAAAAGGGACAAGGACCAGAUUUAUGGCCACCCUUUAUUCCCGCUGCUUGCGCUCGUGUUCGAGAAGUGCGAGCUGGCGACGUGCACGCCCAGAGAGCCCGGAGUGGCCGGCGGAGACGUGUGCUCCUCGGACUCCUUCAAUGAAGACAUUGCAGUGUUUGCGAAACAGAUCCGCGCAGAGAAACCGCUAUUUUCUUCGAACCCCGAACUGGACAACUUGAUGAUUCAAGCCAUCCAAGUGCUGCGCUUUCAUCUCCUGGAAUUAGAGAAGGUCCAUGAGCUUUGCGAUAACUUCUGCCAUCGGUACAUCAGCUGCUUGAAAGGCAAAAUGCCCAUCGACUUGGUGAUCGAAGAGCGGGAUGUCUGCAAGUCGGACUUUGAUGAUCUGUCAGGAUCUUCCACCAAGCUUGCAGAUCAUAACCCAGCAUCCUGGAGAGACUUGGAUGACGCCCACUCCACACCCUCGGUGGGAACCCCAGGACCAUCUAGUGGGGGACACGUCUCUCAGAGUGGCGACAACACCAGUGAACUCGGAGAUGGCCUCGACAAUAGCCUAGCAUCACCGGGAACAGGAGAUGAAGAUGACCAGGACAAGAAGAGGCAGAAGAAAAGAGGCAUCUUCCCUAAAGUGGCUACAAACAUAAUGAGAGCAUGGCUAUUCCAGCACCUUACACACCCGUAUCCCUCAGAGGAGCAGAAGAAACAACUUGCACAAGACACAGGCCUCACCAUUCUACAGGUUAACAACUGGCCUCCAUGGUUGGCUCAGGGACCUUCUUCAUUCAGCUUGUGGAGCUUGAGGCCGCCCGUCGCAUAUCCACGCGCCCACCUCAUCUUUGUGUUGCGUCGAAAGGACCACGCGUGGGGAAAAGCGUCACCUGCUGUCGGGAACUCUUUUUUUUUUGUGUGUGUGUGGGGGGGGGGGGGGGGUAUGCCGCUUGAAAAGAGACUUUAGUAUGAACUUGAAGAAAGGGGGAGGGCGUGUGGCUGCAACGCGAAAAAAAACCAAAAGACAUUCUGAACAGCAGUCACGCAUUUUCCCCUUUUUCAUUUUAAAUUAUUUAUUUAUUUUUGUACCACGGCGGACCACAGGGAUCACACCUUUUCCUCCUUCUUUUUUUGUAUUUUUUUUUUUUUAGUCCAGUCUGUCAAGCUUUACUCACCUGUCCAAACAACAAUGUAUAGACACACACACACACACACACACACAUGCAAACACUGUGGAAUAUAUUUGAAAAAUAUGUAUAAUAAUUUGAAUUGUCGUGCUGUAUACACUUGUGCUUCUUUUCUUGAAAUAUGCUCUUGUGACCCCACCAAACAUCGCCAACCUUGAGCGAUGUCACCCCCCACUCAUGUUGUCGCAUUUUCUUUUCAUGCUUUUCUCCGUGUGUGCGCAACUGGAAGGAAUUUAUAAAGGGUUCAAUCUU